UCAUAACAAACGCGUUAACGUUUCUUUGUUCCAUUUAUAUACAACUUAGACAUAGACAUAGACAUUUCUCUUUGUCUUGUUGAAUCCAUUUUCUCUCAUCUUCUUCUGUUUUCUGCAUUCUCUUUGUUCUGUCAAUCAAUUAACAACCUGUUUUGAUUGGAACAGAAAGGUGGUAGUGAUGUUUCUUUCUAGAUCAAUGCUUUUUGUGAUGGUCUUCACAGUUUUUAUCCUUCUCUUUUCAUCUCCAUCCAAUGCUAUUCGAUCUCUUGCCAACAGGAUUUCAGAUAUUGAAACUGAAGCUGAAGUUGAUUCCUUUUUGCUAUUUAGAGAGGCCCCAGAAUACAGAAACCAGCAGAGAUGCACUGUAAUUGAUACAAACAAUGAGAAUUUGGUGUGUGAUCCAUCACUUGUUCAUAUUGCAAUGAACAUUGAUUGGGAAUAUUUAAGAGGGUCUGUAGCUGCUGUUCAUUCUGUUCUCAAACACUCUUCCUGCCCCCAGAAUCUGUUUUUCCAUUUCAUUGCAUCAGAUGCAAGAUUGGAGAACAAGGAGGAUUUUACCAGGAUUGUUGAGACUUCAUUUCCUUCUUUGAGAUUCAAAGUUCAUGUCUUCAGGGAAAGCCUAGUUGAGAAUCUCAUUUCUCCUUCGAUCCGGCAAGCGCUCGAGAGCCCCUUGAACUACGCGAGAAGCUACCUUGCUGAUUUGUUAGACCCGUGCGUUGAGCGAGUUAUAUAUUUGGAUUCCGAUGUUAUUGUUGUUGAUGAUGUUCAAACGCUAUGGAAGGUUUCGUUGUCGGGGUCAAGAGUGAUUGGUGCUCCUGAGUAUUGUCAUGCAAAUUUCACCAGAUAUUUUUCCUAUGAGUUCUGGUCAAGUUCUGAGUUUUCUGAGGUUUUUGGAGGAAGGAAAAGACCCUGCUAUUUCAACACUGGGGUGAUGGUGAUGGAUUUGGUGAGGUGGAGGGAAGGUGAUUACACUAGGAAGAUUGAGAAAUGGAUGGAGAUUCAGAAGGAGAGGAGGAUUUACGAGCUCGGUUCGCUUCCACCGUUUUUGAUGGUUUUUGGUGGAGAUGUUGAGCCUAUAGAACAUAGAUGGAACCAGCAUGGACUUGGAGGGGACAAUGUUGUGAAUAGUUGCAGGACUUUGCAUCCUGGUCCAGUGAGUUUGCUUCAUUGGAGUGGUAAAGGGAAGCCAUGGACAAGGCUUGAUGCUAGAAAGCCUUGCUCAGUUGAUUUUCUGUGGCAGCCUUAUGAUCUCCACAUAUCAAAUGAUCAUACAGAUUCAUUAUUUUAGGAAACUGCAGAUUUUUUUAUUGGUUAAUUCUUAUUCAUUUGUAAUGAACAUGAUUUUUUUAAUGAGUGUAUAGACAGAACAAUCAAAGGAUUUUUUUAUAA